AUGGCCAUCACGUUGGACAACGGCACUCGGAUCGACAGACCGACCGCCCAGGACUUGCGCAAGCUGAAGCCCACCAAGCUUCGCCCCGUGGUCUUCCACUGGAGGGAUGCGAGUAAAGACCAGACCAACGCUCCCAAAGAGUACGAUGAGAUCAUCCAGAGACUGCUCACGGCGGGGCCCCAGGAUUUUGAAGAGCUGGUGCGUGCCAACUGGAAGAUGUUCGAUCGAGGUUUCUACUUCCGGCUGUACAACCUGCGGGAAGACUGUGAGGACCCCGCGCUCAAGCAGAAGAUGGCGAACAUGGAGAAGUAUACGCUGGAGCUGAUUCAGAAGGCGCAAGAGCAGACCCGGAAGAAGCUGCCCGAGAAUGAUGCAGAUGCCCAGGCUAUCCUCGUCACGAUGUUAGAGGAGGAUUCGCAGACUCUUCUCUGGCCGCCUCCGCCAGAGGCCUAUGCUCGUUUGGCAGAGGAGAUCACCAAGCGGGCCACGAGGUCCAAGUAUGAGGAUGGCUGGUUCGAGUCGCUCGUGGAGAUCUGCGAGAGCUUCGGAGCAAAGAUGCAGGCUAAAGGAGAGACACAGAUGCUUGGCAUGUCGCAGAUCGUCAUGCAGCGGCUGGUCACGGAGUGGCUUCGGCACGACAGCAUUUGGGAGGAGACGGCAGAAGGUAGAUUCCUCUUCCGGCUGAUGAGCAUCACUCAUGAGCAGUGGGAGUCUCAGUACAUGUAUGAGCAAGAGCCUGUGGACCCAAUGAAGUUGCGUGAGGAGAUCAAGAUCGUCAGCGAGACCAAGGCAAGCUUCUCGUGCGUUUGCGGGGGUUCCUAUAAAUCGGAAAAUAAAUUUAAUUUUCGCAGCAUGGCCUAUGGUCUGUCGGCCGUGAAGUUGGAGAAGGCCAUCAUGAACCUCGAGAUGCGCCUGCAUGAGGAGUUCCGGAAGGAUGUUUCCCGGCAGGUGACAAAGCAGAUCAAGCCGUACGUCCAGCAGAUCAAGGCCCUCCAGUCCCAAGUCGAAAGUCUCAGCGCCCGCCAGGGCUCCAAGACGACCUCUUCCCCACCGCAGCCAAGUGUGGAGCCCGAGCAUGGGGCUCAAGAAUUGCUUCACGUGGACCUCGACACAUUGCUAACAGAGGGCGAAGCCAAUGUGGAUGAGAACCUCAGUGACAACAGUGAGCGGCCCCAGCAGCCAUGUGUUUCGAUCGACAUCGGCGACUUGCUCCAGAAGGAGGGUUCAGGGCAGCCCGGAAUGAAGGCCGACCAUGAGAAGGUGAUCGAUCAGAGCCUGGGCCUCAACUCCAACGACUCCAAGGGUAUGUUGGAUCCUGAGAUCGUGGAAGAGCCAGUGGCGUUCCUCGAGACGGCCUGGAACCUGGUCCUUGUCUUGGGCCAUACCAAUUGCGGCCCGGCGGACCUCAUCAUCGCUUGCUUUCUCUGGUUGGGGAGCGGCCUGAUGCAAAUCUCCUUCUUCUUCAUCCUUCUCUCGGAUGAUUUUCUUGGAGAGCCCUUUGGGAAUCAGGUGGAGGUUGCGAAAGCAUGGCGCGAGUCCAUCGCGCACGACUUCAAGCACAUGGACCUGGGCGACGAAAGCCUCGUUUCCCGAGUGUGCAGGGCCGAUCGCACGCUGAUUCUGUCGACUUCGCAGAUGCAGAUGCUGGACCAGAUCAAUGCCUUCCUCGGCCUGGGCAAGGAGGAGUUCGAAGCGCCCUACUUCCAACCCGGCGUUCUGCUCUGCAUGAUGUGCAUCCUGCUCUGGUGUUUGUACCUCCUCAACGAAUUCCGACUCGUGCUCUUUUCCUUGGAGGCCGUGUCCCAGGUCCCGCGUGGGCCCCGGACGCAGUGGAGAAGGCGUGGAGGCUUCCAAACGAUCUCCUACGGUCGAUUUGGUGUCUACUGCUUCAUGCGCUUGGCUCGCUUCUUCAUCGCCGUGGGCCUCCUCUAUGCUGGCGUGCAGUGGCUAGCCGGCACAAUCUCUAUCACUGAGCUCAUCUUGAAUGCCGUGGCCUUGUCCGCUGUCUUGCAGAUCGACGAGAUGGUUUUCGCGGCCCUGAUGCCGAAGAAGAUCCAGAUCUGCAUCCAGGACCUAGAGGCAAUCAAGGUCCGCUACAGUAAAGGGCGGAGUCAGACGGAGUCCGUCAUCCUCGUUGUGGCGAUUUCGCUUCUCAUGCUGUGGCCGUGGACACACAAUGUAGGGCCACUGAGCUGGGACAUGUUGGAGGUCAAGCGCCAGUACUGUGGGGGCACUCAGAACUUCGUGGUGGCCGGGAAUCAAAUCCAGGGGGUCACGGUGGGGCUGGUCACCUCAGAGUAUGCCCAGGGUGUCAACCAAACUUCCCUCACUCGCUUCGCUGUGAGGCGGCACAUUUGGGAGGAGCCUCUGGGCAGUUCGAACUACAUCCGAUUCACCAAGGAUCGAUCCAGCUUCGUGACUGCCAGAGACAUGGACAUGCAUCAGCGCAACACCCAUGACAGUCUUUGCAUGGACUUUGACGACAUCUUCCUGGGCAAUGCGACACAUGAGCUUCAGGAGUUCUACCGACCAUACUUCUACUCGGCCAGCUUCGAAGCAGGGAUUCCCGAAGGAGCGAGUUGCGCAGAGAUGGCGCACCUCUGCCACUCCCUGGAUUCCCAGGCGCGCCUGGUGAGGCACGUGUGUCCCCGCACGUGUGGAUGCCACUUGCAGCACACGAAUCCACUGCUGAAGCUUGUGGGCGAGGGCUGCUCAAAAGCCUGCUUCACUGAGCAAGAGUACGCGAUGCGCUUCUCAGCUUGCAAGGACGUGGACCUUGAGGAGUCACCCCAUCUUCGGGAGGCAUGGGAGGGGUUCUGGGACAGCUACAAGCCCUUGAUGGAGCAGAGGGUGGGGAUGAACUUCAGCAGUCCCAGCCUCAGCUUUGUCCCGGACUUCCUGACCUAUGUCAAGAAAGUCGGCUGUCCAGGCCUCAGCGUAGUGGCCAUCGACCCCGUCACGCGCAGCCCAUGGUGUUCAGGCAGCCAGCUGUAUUAUGGUCCCCUUGCAAACUGGUGCCCGCAGACUUGCGGCUGCCACACCUCGGAAACGCUGCCCACCUGGUGCCCCCGGAGUUGCGAGGGGUGCAAGGACACAGCGAACUUCCCCACCCACAUUCGUGUCAGUGACUGUGCACAAUCUCUUCAAGCGGGACUUUGUGAGGCCUAUCCACUUGAGUCAGCUGUGUACUGCGCAGAAACAUGCAACCUUUGCUCCGCCCUUCACAACAACGGGACCAUUGAUUAG